AUGAAUGUAAGUGCAUCUUCGCAGGACCCGACGGCCAACGACGCUGCACUGGCUGCGGCGCUUGCAGAGUGGGACUCAGGCGUGAGGAGGAGACGCGGAGGAGAGGCUGGGGGGCCUGCAGCAUUGAGCGUUUCCACCGAUCAAGGGACGCCUGGGGCCUGUCAGGCUUCUGAUGCUGCGCACGACAGGCAGGAGAACUCUGGCUUCGACUCACCGAGCACAGACAAGGAACGCAAGCUGAAAAGAAAGAAUGCGAAUGACGCGGAAGAGAAUUCGGAAGAGCCAGAUAAGAAGCAGAAGACCGAAGACGUCGCUCCGAAGUCGGAGCCUGCGGAAAGCAGCACCAAGUCAGCAAAGUCGGUCAAAGUCACGUCAGAGAAGGAGGAGAAGAAAAUCGAGACUGGAGAGUCAACGCCGUCGAGGAAGGCAGGCAGCGCCGAGCCAACCAAGCACGAAGGGAAGCAAACCCCCAGGCCCUCGAAUGACAACGAUGAAAACACAACCAAGUCGUCAAAGAAAGACCCGACGACGAACCAUGACAAGAAGCACAAGGAGGAGGCGACUCGCGCUGGCCCCAACAAGACGCUGAGACUCAAGGUCGACGAGGCGGAGGAGCAGGAGGACGCGAGGGCUCCAGAGAAGAACGAGCCCGCCUCAAGAAACAACUCGAGGGGGUCGAGCAAGGCAACGACCCCGAUGCCUGUGGAUUCUCCGGUUGAGACUAGCGAGGGAGGAGGAGGAGGAGCGGGAGGGGUGGGAGGCCCAGGAGGCGGAGCAGCAACACCAGCAGCAGCAGCAACACCAGUAGCAGGAGCAGGAGCAGCAUCGGCAGCAGCAGCUGCUGGGGAUGCGGAUAAGAGCGGCACGGGAGAGAGCGCGAGCGGGAAGAAGGAGAAGAAGUCAGCGGAGAAGAAGGAAGGAGCGAUGAAGCAGAAGAAGGGAGAGGCCCGUUCUCUCGUGGAGGAUCUGCCGCCUGGUUUCCUCAAAGGUGAGAGGAGAUGGAGGAAGAGGUUGCCAAGGGGAGGCGGGAAGGGAAGGAGAGGGGACAGGGCAGGGCAGGGCAGGGCAGGGCAGGGCAGGGCAGGGCAGGGCAGGGCAGGGAAUGGAUGA